CGUACAGCGGUUUCGUUCGAUUAGAAGGGGGGAAGAUAUCUCUAAAUAACUUUGGUUUCGUCUUGGAACUCGGGAAAAGCCGCUAAACUGUUGAGGGGUUUUAAAGAAAAGUAGAAAAAAUCUGCAUUCCGUAUUCAAAGUUCAAACAGACCGCUUGUUCUUCGAAUCUUCUUCAAUUCGAAGGAUCUAACUUCACAUACCUACUACGCAGUUAUAAAUAUUAAACUAUUCCGAAGUGGUCAGGGUGUUGUGCCGCGCAUCGAGUUUUAAAUAACAAUUUUUUUGCAUACACACACGUACUACUUCAUGAAUGCUCUGAAUUUUUCCUCUGACCGGGAACUUUCAUCACACAUUAUGUGGACUCGCAAGGAAAAAAAUGACGCUUAUAACUCCUUGUAAUUGAUCGUUAGUCACGUUUACCCUAUUGCAAAAAGACUCCAGCAGUGAACAUAAUAUGGAAAUAAAUAAAUAAACGCUCGCCGUUUGACAUAGUUCCUUAGAUGCAUGUACGUAUUAUUUGGUAAACGGAUUGACGAUUGCAAUGAGACAAUAGAUUAGAGCCGACCUACGCUAUAUUAUACAUGUUCGGUGAGUUUUCAGAGUGGAAACAAACACGAUAUUCGAAUGUAUCAUGACGAUUGAUAAGAACGGCAAAAGUCGAGGAAAUGAUACAUGCCGAGAUAAAGAGCUGCUACAGGAUGAAGACACCCGCAGAGUGACGUGAUAAUGUGAUGUCAAUGCGGUCGAUGAUUCCAAGCAAAUAUGAAACAGUUAAAAUCAGUUCUCUGUGAGUCCAAGGUGGAAUAGGAUACAGAUCGGUAACUGCGCUAAAUAUAUGGCAGAUGUGCUUCAUAAACAUCGUGAAUCGCGCGUGCGAGGUGUUUAAAUUACGACUGCGUCUAGAACAACGCUACUGGUAGCAAGACUCUUUCAUUGUUCACCGCUCGCUCGAUCGGACAAUACUAUAUAAAUGGAGGCGAUCGUACAGACUGUACAAAGGAUGUCCAGCCCUGGACGGCUAAGUUUGUUUGCCCGACUGUCUGGAUGCCCUAAGAGCGAAGUGAGCCCAGCCCCCGAGGAAAACAACGGGACCUCAUCCGCUGCCUUCGUCGAUUUCAAGGAUGAGGAACAAAUGUGGGAUACCAAGUCUCAAGGCAGCAUCUCUUCCGAGGAUUGCUCGGAGCUGGCCGUUUUUUCUUGUGCCAGACAGCGUCCUAAGUCGCAACAGCAGUUGUGGGAGAGGGAUGAGAUGAUUUCAGCUUUGUCGACGUUACCUGCAGGCAAAGUCGCAAUCUCUUUGAUUCCGAGCCUUUACGGAGAGGAGCUCUGUAAAAUUCUACACAAAACUAAAACCCUAGACGUCACAGACAGUAAUUGCAGGAGCCACAGACUAUCUACUCCCAGUUUUGACAAUGGAUACAUAAGAAAAGCGUCAUUGGCAGCGGAGAACGAAGCAGCUGCGGCGGCAGAGCCUGAGGAACUGAUAGCGAAAUGGCCGAACACUUGUUUGUUGGUAUCCUGUUUCUUUGGAAAUUUUGAUCUGGCGAAGCACCUCUUGUCCAAGGGGGCUCGAGUCGAUAGUUGCGACGGAGAUGGCAGAACACCACUACAUUUGGCUGCAUCUUCGGGGUCAGUUGAAAUUAUUGAGGAGUUAUUGAAGCAUGGGGCAAAGCCUGGAGAGUGGGACGCGAGCAAGAGAUGUACACCCUUGCAUUGUGCAGCUGCUGCUGGAAAUGUAAGAUCGGUGAAACAGCUGAUAAAAGCUGGGGCUGACGUGAAUGCUGGCUUAGAGGUGAAAAGUCCGCUCCACUAUGCCGUAUUGAACAACGCUGGAGAUUGUGUCGAAGCUUUGCUUGAAGCAGGGGCCUCUGCCAACAAUCCACAGGUUUAUACGGAAACACCACUCCAUGUUGCUGCCAGUCUAGGCUCAGCACGUUGCGUGAGUCUUCUCCUCAAUCAUCGUGCAGAAGUGAGAGUCCAAUUUGGAAAUACAAGGUCCACACCAUUGCAUUUAGCUGCCGAAGAGGGAAGUGUAGAAUGCACCAAGUUGCUACUCGAGCACAAGGCUCAGUGGGAUGCUAAAAAUUCGAGGGGUCAGACAGCGCUCCAUUUGGCUGCUUUAGCACAAUCUGCUGAGACGAUGGAUCUUCUGAUUAAAGCUGCAAAUGAUGUAAACGUGUUAGAUGACAAUGGUAGAACUCCUUUGCAUGCUGCUGUUGCUAAGGCUAUGAGGGGUGGUGAACUGGUCAAAGCGCUAAUACAGGCAGGAGCGGAUGUGAACAAGCCGGACAAGUACGGUUACACUCCUUUACAUAUAGCAGCUCUUAACGAAAAUUCAUCUCUGGUUCUCCUCCUGCUGGCCAAUGAUGCAGACCUCACUGCCCGCACAAUAGGUGGAAUUUCAGCACUAAGUUUCAUCGUGCGUAGAACUCCGGAUGUGCUGCCAAAAUUUUUGGGGCACUUGGAUCAAGCGAUUUCUCUACAUGACCAUGAAUUGGGAGAUGUCGACUGCGAACUGAGAUUGGAUUUCAAGCCACUGAUUUCUGGAGGUCGUGGUGAGGCGGAUCUAUUGCUCUGCCUGAUAGACGUUGGUCAGAGGCAUGCCUUACAGCAUCCUUUAUGCGAGAGUUUCCUCUAUUUGAAAUGGUUACGUAUAAGGAAAUUCUUUCUGAUCAGUUUGUUUUUUCACUCCAUAUUUGCAGGCGUGUUCACGGCCUACAUCCUCAUACAGUUUUUUUUUCACAAAGAAAAUUUAGGCAACCUACUCCGCUGGCCUGUGCUUGGAUUUACAUGUGCACUUGCUUGCAAGGAAAUAUUUCAAAUAGCACAUGGCAUAACCGGGUAUGCCAAGCGUUGGGAAAAUUGGCUGCAGUGGAGCGUUAUUAUAUCUGCUGGAUCUGUUUUAAUCAGUUCAGGCGGCAUCUGGUCCCAUCAUGUGGCAGCCUUAGGCAUAACUUUGGCCUGGAUUGAGCUUAUGGUAGUUGUUGGCCGUUUCCCAAUGUUUGGUCUCUAUAUACAAAUGUUUACCCAAGUUUCGAUUAACUUUUUCAAGUUCCUGGGGGCAUACUCCUGUUUGAUAAUAGGCUUCUCUUUAGGAUUUACUGUGAUUCAUCAGGAUUACAAGUCCUUUAAGAAUCCUUUUGUUGGAUUGAUAAAAACCAUAGUAAUGAUGUCGGGAGAGUUAGAAUUUGAGGAUAUGUUUUGGCAAGACAGUAAUUCCAUCAUCAAUUAUCCAGGGACAAUGCAUGUGAUGUUUUUAGUGUUUGUGAUACUGGUAACUGUGAUCCUCACCAAUUUAUUGGUAGGUCUUGCCGUUUCGGAUAUACAAGAACUUCAACGGUGCGCUGGCUUAGAAAGGUUGAUUCGGAGGGCCGAACUGGUAGCGCACUUGGAGAGUCUAUUGUUUUCACGACUCUUGGAUUAUGCACCUAUUAAGAUAGUGAAAAUGUGUCGAAAAGGAGCGCUAUUGUUGCAUCCGCCAUACCACUGCGCAAUACAUAUUCGCCCCAACGACCCAAGGGACAAUCGACUGCCGAAGGAUUUAGUAAAGGCAGUUUAUAACUUAGUAAUUAAGAGAAAACAGCGAGGUAAAGUAACGAGGUGUGCUUCUACUCGAAGCAUAAAUAGUAUGGAAGUUGGGGAUAUUAGGCUGAGUAGGCUGCACAGUAUUCCAUCUACCAGUGAAUAUAAUAGACAGCAGAUAAUGGAGCUAGCUGCAGAGCUGAAGAAAUGCUCGGGUAAACUUGGUGCUCAACUUGAUACACUGACCAGCAAAGUACAACUGAUUAUCAAGGAAAUGGAGCAUAGCACGUAACGAUACUCUUCUGGAUCAAUUAUUGGCUUGACUGAAUUUAUCUUACCAGUAAUUUUGUCUCAAUGCUUUGCCCAUCCUGCAGAGUUAUUCUGGAGUUUUGGCAGUGUUUUGAGGGUAUCAGUACAUCCGCGACCUUGGCCCC